AUGGACAAUCUCUCCAGUGCCACUGAAUUCUGUCUUCGGGGCUUUCCUGGAUCCCAAGAACUACACUACGUUCUUUUCACUAGAUUCUUUUUCUUCUAUUCAGCGACACUGUUGGGAAACAUGAUUAUCAUCACGAAUGUCUGUGUUGAUAAACAGCAGUCCCCCAUGUAUUUCUUCCUCUGCCAACUUUCUCUCCCGGAGAUGCUGAUAACAACAACAAUUAUUCCCGUAAUGCUUUGGGGGUUGUUGAUUCCCGGGACCCAGACAGUCUCUCUGACUGGAUGUGUUGCCCAGCUCUUUCUUUAUCCCUCUCUAGGGACCACAGAGUUUUCGCUGCUUGGUGUAAUGGCUGUGGGCCGUUAUGUGGCUGUCUGCAACCCUUUGAGAUACAGUGUCAUCAUGAACAGUCGUACUUGCAUUUGGGUGGUGGUCGUGUCAUGGGUGUUUGGGUUUCUUUCUGAAAUCUGGCCCGUCUAUGCCACAUUUCAGUUAACUUUCUGCAAAUCAAAUCUAUUAGACCAUUUUUAUUGUGACCGAGGCCAGUUGCUCAAACUAUCCUGUGAAGACACCUUUUUCACAGAGUUUAUUCUUUUCUUAACAGCUGUUUUCAUUAUCAUCGGGUCUUUGAUCCCUACGGUUGUCUCCUACACCUACAUCAUCUCCACCAUCUUCAAGAUCCCCUCAGCCUCUGUCUGGAGGAAAGCCUUCUCCACCUGCGCCUCCCACUUCACUUUUGAUGUCAUUGGCUACUGCAGCUGCUUCUUCCUCUACGUGAAACCCAAGCAGACGCAGGCAGCAGAGUACAACCGGGUGGCCUCACUGCUGCUGUCUGUGGUAACCCCUUUCCUGAACCCUUUCAUCUUCACUUUCCGGAAUGACAAAAUCAAAGAGGCUCUUAGAGAUGGAGAGAAGCACAGCUGUCUGCUCCUCAGGGGUUGGUUCUCAAUCGGUCCUAGGUGGCAUGUCUGA